AUGCCAGGCGAGUGGAUUGACCUACCAGUUGAAAUCUGGCUCUACAUCGUGGAUCGCUAUCAUAACACACGCGAAAUCGCGAAGCUCUGCUCGACAUGCCGUCAGAAUCUUGCCCUCUUUCGGCCUAUCCUGUAUCGCGACCUGGUGCUGAAGGCCGAAACGUCAGCAUGCCAGCCCAACGACGCAGUAGCAGACACGCUGGAGCUUCUCUCGCGCGACAAAGCUCUAGCAAGUCAUGUUCGGGCUCUCACUCUCGAUGCGACCUCUUACUCCGAGAACUAUUACCGAAAUCCCAAUCUCAUCCAUAUCCGAUCGCUGGAGAAUAUGACGCAGCUGAAACGCGUGACUCUAGUGGGCGAUCUCUCUCGAAAUGCAUCUCCCACUUCGGUGGAUGUCUUCAUCCAGAUAUUAGCGAAGCUGUGCUUGGACGAGAUCAGUUUCCCCUCGCCCGGUGCUCGAACGUUCCUGCUCGCCAGGAACUGGGAUCAACUCCGAAAACUGGGCAAAGCCAAGAAAACCGUUUUCUACUGUCGCCUGCUUUCGCUCAAGUUCGCGGCCCUACUCACCACGAAACCAGCAACUGUAUCCGAUCUCCACAUAUCCGCUCCUUUCACCCUCGUUUCAGAUCUCUUUGCGCUACACUUGCCCCGUUUGCGAGUCCUCGAAUUGAGAAUCGUCGAAACCAGGCAGCGGCCAUUGUCUCCGAGCGGAUUCAACGCAUUCCUGGCCUCACACAACGACACGCUAGAGGAAUUAAGCAUGUUGCGCAAUUCCCCCAACGAAGCUCUUCAGCAAGCCGAUCUUCGAUUCGAGCCGAACAAUCGAUCCUUGGGACCGGAUUUCCUUCCGAAGCUGAAGGUUCUCAGAGGGAACAGCGAGAAUCUCUUCAUGCUAGUUCGAGCGCGGUCGACUUGUCUGUCGCGUUUGGAAUGCCUGGCGAUCGGUUGGUCACGCGACCACGCAGAGGAAGCCACGCACACGCUUCUUUCCGCUUUGGAAGAGCGGGGACCAUUCAGCAAUCUCAUCGACUUUGAUUUCGCCUUCGCUCCUCGAGCCUCUGCCGCAGCUCCCAAAUUCCUGCAGAGUAUCGUCAGGUUCUUCCCCUCCUUGGCGAUCUGGCGCGGUGAUCUGCCCUUGGAAACUGUCCAAACCAUCCCUGUAAUCAUGGACUUGAAGCAGCUUCGUGUUCUACACAUUCGCGAUGUCUCCGGAACUCAGCUCGUCCGCUCAGAGUGGCUCGAGAGCAUUCCCAGCCUGGAUUCGGUGAUCGUCCGGCACAAUCCUCAAUCGGUGUCAAAAUCCGUGUAUGUAAUGAAAAGAGAUAGGUUAGGCCGCUUUCAGCUGUCUUAUGACUGA